AUGAUCAUUGGGGGUGCUCGAGGAAAAAAUAAAUAUGAGAUUCUGAGAUUAAGCUUGGAUUAUGAGAUUCUGAACUUCACCAAGCAGUGGUCAUAUCUGAUAUACAAUGCUUCCCUCUUCUUUAGUCCUGCAAUUCAGAAGCAGUAUUUUGAGAAGUAUGGUUAUGGACAGAUGAUUCCUGUAGCCGCUAAUGAUGUUGCUUUCUCCAUUCAUUCAGUCAUAUUAAAUUUAAUUAUACUGUCCCAAAUUUCAAUGUUUGAACGAGGAAAUCAGAAGUUCUCCAACUAUGCCAUUGCAAUAGUUGUUGUAGUGUGGUUUAGUGUUGCUGUUUGUUUUUUCAUAGCAUUGCAUAGCCAAUCUUGGCUUUGGCUAAUCUCCAUCUUCAACACAAUUCAAGCAGUUAUGAUCCUCAUCAAAUAUUUUCCGCAGGCAUUCAUGAACUUUUUGAGAAAGAGCACAGAUGGAUUUAGCAUUGGCUCUGUUCUCCUUGAUUUUUCUGGAGGGGUCUUUAAUUAUUCACAAAUGCUUGUGCAGUCCAAAGAUCAAGGUUCCUGGUGAACUUCUAUGGAAACAUUGGGAAAGUUUUUAUAUCCUUGGUAUCCAUAUUCUAUGAUUCUAUUUUAAUGUGUCAACAUUAUGUAAUGUACCCUGACAACAAGAAAGGGCUUACUUCUAAAAAUUCCGAAGAAAUCAACCGACCACUAGUCUGUGAAAGUCCAAUAGAUCAACAAACCAAAGGUUCGGUUAAAUGUUCAUAUCAGUCUCCUGCAGAAGUAUAAGGAACAUAUAACUUGGGUCACGUAGUGUACAAACUCUUGUGUAUAGAAAAAUAUUUUUUAGGAUAGGUCAAAUAUCCUUCAACUAAUUAUAAUAUGUUGAAGAAUUAGUACUUAUUUUCAAUUAAGAGAUACAUUGAAUUAAGAGAAAAAAAAUGUAAUGUACAACACCCAUAUACCAUUUCUUUAAAUCACGCAUUAUAAAUGUAUCAAAAUUCAAAGGAUGAUAA